CUCUAUUAUUGCCCGCCUCCGCCCACUCUCUCCCUACUCCGUCUGCGCGCCUCACUCUUCAGCUCUGCUCUUGGGGCUCUUGCCUUGAGCUGCCUUGGUAUUCGGCUCGCGACCGCGGUUCUGCUCGUCGUCGAUCGUUUCCCGGUCCGGCUAAGGUCCCGGAGUGCACGCACGCUGUGUCUGCCGCGGCGGCGGCGGCGGCGGCGCCAUCUCGCCAUUGUUGCCUCUGCCUGCAUUGUCUUGCAACUGCGCAAGCGCUGCAACCAAGGCACACGCACCAGCUUCAUGAUAGACGGAAGGAAGAAGAUAAUGUUCUAUAUGCAGUCUAUAUCACGAUGCAACCAGGAACCAGGAUUUGAUUAAUUAAGGUAGCUUGCCUUUCAAAUUAGCUGCAUGGGACAGGUUGGCUUUGACUUAAUCAUGCAUGCCUCCAUCCUUAGGUGAUACGCGGCCUCUAAAAGACCACACGGCAAAGGCAUCUUCCACUCGAUUAGCACCUCUCUCUCCUCUUCACUUGAGGUUAGCACAAAACACUCACGCACAGGCUUGCAACACGACAACUGUGGAGAAGCUAGCAAUCAGACUCGAUCACGAACACACGGACACAGACGAUUUUGUGGCUCUGAUCACCAGGCCUUUUCUUGCUUGCUUCGUUCACUACACAACACAUACAUGGAGACUCACACCACGACUCACGACUAACGAAAGGAACACUACACACAUAGAGACUACAUUUUUCCUCUUUGGCCACUUGCUCCACACGGCGUUCCACUUUCAUUUGAUUAUUCGAUUCGGGGAGGGUGGCCUGGGAUUUGCUCGUCGGCACCUGGGGCCCGUGCGGCUUGACUCCGCGGCCGCGCGCGGACCCAGCCUCCACACCAACACGUCGACGGCGCACCUUGCUUUCCUGCCUCCAUUGUUCCCUCCACCUACUCUCCUCCUCAGCUUUAAGCUCGUCGCCUGCCUCCCUCCUCCCCUCCACACUUUGCUACCCAGUACCCACUCGGCUUUCCUUCGCGCUGCUCGUGUCUCGCUCUCGCCGAGGACUCUGUCUCGUGCGGCAGAGGCGUCCUCGCGCUUGGCAGGUGUCUUUCUGCCGUGCCGCUACUGCAUCGUGGUUUGGGUGCUCCGCCAGCCGUCUUCAUCUGCACCGUGCAGCACCCGCUUUUGCUGACGAAACAGCUGGUUGCCUUCUUCCUCUUGCUGCACGUCUGCUCUUGGCUGGUUCGACAACUGUCUAAGAGCCGGCCGUUCUGCUCGUUGUAGAUCGUUUCACUUGCUGCCCGUGUUGCACGGCUAAGGUUCCCGGCUCGGCUUGCACAGAGGAGACAACGCGAGCUAGCGAGCAUGGAGAUCGCCACAGGGGCCAUGAGCACCCUCCUGCCCAAGCUGGCCGACCUGAUCAAGGACGAGUACAAGCUGCAGAAGAGCGUCAGGGGCGAGAUCAUGUUCCUCAAGGCCGAGCUCGAGAGCAUGGAGGCUGCCCUUCUCAAGGUAUCCGAGGCACCCAUCGACCAGCCACCCGACAUCCAAGUGAAGCUUUGGGCGAGGGAGGUCAGGGAACUGUCCUACGACGUCGAGGACAGGAUCGACGCUUUCAUGGUCCGUAUCGAGUCACGUGUGCCAGGGAAGACACAGAGCUUCAUGGGUUUCAUUGAUAGAUGCCUCAACCUGCUGACGACGGCCAAGAUCCGCCACAACAUCGGCGCUGAUAUCAGACGCAUCAAGGCCCGUAUCUCGGAGGUGAGUGAGAGGCGUCACAGGUACAAAUUGGAUGUUCCUGCCAAGCCUACUGGCCCAACUGUUGAUAGCCUUCGCCUGUCGGCUCUGUACAAGAAGGCUACCGAGCUCGUUGGCAUCGAAGAGAAGAGUAAUGGUAUAAUAAAAAGGCUAAUGGAAGGGGAUGAGGCAUCAAAGAAACAAUUAAAAAUAGUCUCACUUGUUGGUUCCGGGGGAUUAGGCAAAACCACUCUUGCUAAUGUGGUGUAUGAGAAGCUUAAAGAACAAUUUGAUUGCGGGGCCCUUGUUUCUGUGUCUCUUAAUCCUAACAUGGUCAACAUUUUCAACAAUAUGCUCCAUCAACUCGACGGCGACAAGUACAGAAAAAUCAAUGAAGCUACAUGGGGUGAAGCACAACUAAUCAACGAACUGAGAAAUUUCCUUCGGUACAAGAGGUACUUCAUUGUUAUUGAUGACAUAUGGAAUACUUCAGAGUGGGAAACAAUCCAGUAUGCUUUGACUGACAAUGAAUGUGGAAGUAGAAUAAUCGCAACAACUCGCAGUUUUGAUGUUGCCAAUCAAGUUGGUGGUAUUUAUCGAGUAGAACCUCUUUCUGAUAUUGACUCAAGAAAGUUAUUCUACCAAAGAAUAUUUGGCACUGAAGACAAAUGUCAUCAUCACUUGGCUGAAGUAUCUGAAAAGAUUUUAAAAAAAUGCGGUGGUGUACCAUUAGCUAUCAUUACUAUAGCUAGUCUAUUAGCCAAUAAAAAUGGAAAGGAAAAUGCAUAUAACUAUUGGUCCAAGGUGUAUCAAUCUAUGGGUUCUGGUCUUGAAGACAGUCCUAAUGUGAAGAACAUGAGAAGGAUAUUAGCAGUUAGUUACUACGACCUACAUCCACAUCUGAAGACUUGCUUGUUAUAUCUAAGUUUGUUUCCAGAGGACCAUGAGAUUGAGACAAAACAUUUGAUAAGGAAAUGGAUUGGCGAAGGCUUUGUCAGCAAAGAACAAGGGAAGAGCUUGUAUGAAGUUGGUGAGGGUUAUGUCGAUGAGUUAAUUAACAGAAGUAUGAUACAACCAGAAACUAUUGGUCAUGAUAGUAAGACAGUUUCUUUUCGUGUACAUGAUGUGGUGCUUGAUCUCAUCAAUUUCUUGUCAAAUGAGGAGAAUUUUCUAACAACAAUAGGUGGUCAACAGACCGUGUCUCUGCCAAAUAAGAUCCGCCGAUUAUCCCUCCAAUCCAGCAAGGAAGAGGAUCUCAGGCAGCUGACAACCAUGAGCUUGUCCCAUGUGAGGUCACUUGGUGUGUUCAAGGAAUCUUUCAAUUUGGUGCCUGCCCUUUCAACCUUUACAGUCUUGCGUGUUUUGGAUUUAAGUGGUUGUGAGCAAGUGAAGAAUCAUCAUUUCAAGGACUUUUGCAAUUUAUUCCACCUGAGAUAUUUGAGUCUCCGUCAAACAUCUAUCACUGAGGUCCCCAAAGAGAUACAGAAUCUACAGUUUUUGCAAGUACUAGACUUAAGUGAGACUUCCUCAGAAAAGAUGCCUUCAACCUUUAUUCACUUGACACAGCUGCUGCACCUUCGUGUUGCGUACAUAAGACUGCCAGAUGGAUUUGGAAAUCUAAAGUCUCUACAAGAAGUUGAAGGGUUCAUCACUGUGGAGUCUCCAAGCAUGCUGCAUGAUCUGGGCAGAUUGACCGAGCUGAGGGCCUUGGGCAUCAAAUUUUGUGAAUGGAAUGAGAGCUAUGAAAAACCUUUCAUAGAAUGUUUAUCUAACAUGGUCAGUCUCAAAUCCCUAAAAACAGAAGGCCACAUAGGCAGCCUGGAUUCCGGAUGUGACAAAUUAUCUCCUGGGCCUCAACAACUCUGUUCCGUUGAUAUGUACCUUACAAGCAUCCCUGCAGUACCAAGAUGGAUGUCCUCACUCUGCUCCCUCUCGUCCCUAAAAAUCGGAUUAUUAACUCUGGGAGAGCUGGACCUUCAAGUCCUUGGGAGCAUACCAUCUCUUACUGAUCUCCAAAUAACGGUGAUGAAACCCACACAGGAGAGAGAUGAAAGGUUGGUCAUUGGCAACAAUUAUCUAUUCCAGUGUCUAACACGGUUAAAAAUCUACUGUUAUCGUGGCUCCAUGGAGGUGAUGUUUGCACCAGGAGCUAUGCAAAAUCUCAAAACCCUUCAUUUAGUAUUUUGGUUAGGACAGACAAUGCAUCAGUUUGGUGAUGUCAAAUUGGGUCUGGAGCACCUCGUGUCGCUUGAGCGUGCCUAUGUUGAUAUGAAAGACGACGGCACCACGCCCAAGGAGAUGAAGGCCGCCGAGCAUGCAAUUCAGAAAGCCGUGGAAAUGAAUCCCAACAAGCCGAGACUGGAAUUAAAGUGGGUUCAUAAAAUCCAAAAGGGGAUUCGGGUUGCACUGUAUGUUCAGAAAUCAGCGUCCACAUUCAGCGUAAGAUCCAGGGACGAGAACUCACUUUAGAGAACUCAGAGCAACGAAAGGCCCAGCCAAUGAUUUAGUGGAGGCACAGCCCGUUUCUCUCGGCACCUGCAAGGAUUAGAUGUCCCUCCCUUGAAUCCAUCUCCUCGCUAACCUACUGUGUUGAUUACUCUUCACAAAAUGCCGGCCGCGAUUCCCGUGCUGUUAUAUUUGUUCCCUUCCUUCGAGUGGCAUGCAUUCUGAAGCUUGGUGCUAGCUAAGUAGUAUGUAUGAAGUUUUGGUUUUACCAAAAAAAAAAAAUUCCAGCAAUUUUUUUGAGAGGGAUUUUUCCAGCAAAUUUCUGUCUAAUUAUUUCAAUGUAUUUGUGAAAGAGUUCAGCUUUGAGUUUGUCAAUUCGUCUUGAUUAGCGAGAAUGUUUGGGCACUGUUUUUGCCCCA